UGGCAGGUGGCUGGAACUGAUGAUCCUGGAGGGCUUUUACAACAUUAAUGACUGUUACUCCAUGACCAGGCACGGACCGGGGGUGCCAGCAGCCCCCCCCAGCGCCCUGCCUUGCGCUGUGGGCGCUCAGCCUCGCCUCACGACCCCGGCCGGGCCGCUGCCAGCAGGCACCCGCCCGGUAGCGGCAGGGACACGGCCGGUAACGACAAGGGCCCGGCCGGCAGCCGCUUCCGUCGUCCCCCGCCAUCACUUCCAGGUCAGGGAAGGCGGCGGGCGGCUUCCGGAGUGCGGCUGCACGAUGUUGUUGCAGCUGUGGGGGCUCCUGUACAGCAGCUACGUGCGGUUCUGGCUCAAGUGGGUCGUGAGGCUGCUCACCGGCAAGUGCGAGCUGCAGCGCGUCCUGCACGGCCAGAAGGAGGGGGCGCGGAGGACGCUCGGCAUCGAGCAUUCACUGGGAUCAUCAAAGAACAAGGUUUUAAGAAAUGCUCUACAUGUUGAUGAAGCCGAAGUGGAGAAGUGUGUCAAAGAUGUAAUGAAAGAAAAGAAAAUUGAACAAAAGGAUAUCAGGUUUAAGACAAAUUUGCAUAUAUCCUUGCUACAGAUAACAGGUUAUAAAAAACUUUACUUGAAUGUGGAAAAUCUGAGGAAGGUCCCGUAUGAUUCAGAUAAUGAAGAACAUGAGGAACAGUUAAUUGAGCUUUGGAAUUUGCUGAUGCCUCAUGAAAAUCUGAAGGCCAGAAUCACCAAGCAGUGGUGUGACAUCGGCUUCCAAGGUGAUGACCCCAAAACAGACUUCAGAGGGAUGGGCCUGCUGGGAUUAGUGAAUCUGGUGUAUUUUAGUAAGCAUUACACCAAUGAAGCUCGUCAGAUCCUCUCUCGUUCAAAUCACCCAAAGCUGGGAUAUUCUUAUGCAAUUGUUGGAAUUAAUCUGACUGAAAUGGCAUACAGCUUACUUAAGAGUGGUGAUUUAAAACCUCAUCUGUACAACGUGGUCUCUGGAUUGCCACAAAUGGAACAUUUCCAUCAAUUUUACUGUUAUCUGGUUUAUGAGUUUGACAAGUUCUGGUUUGAAGAAGAACCAGAAAGUAUUAUGCACUUCAACCAGUACAGAGAAAAAUUCCAUGAAAAAAUUAAGGGUCUUCUACUGGAUUAUGAUGCGGUAUUAACCUUGGGAGAUAAAAAGAAACCUUAACUCCUCUGCAAUAUAUCAGGUUCUGCAUUAACAACAGAAUUACUCAUUUGGCUGAAAGUUUUGUAAGUUUCACCAAAAACUGUAUAACAAUAGAACUUUUUUACAUAAAAAAGUUUAAGUUCAGUUAAGAAAGCUUGGACAAUCAACCUCUGUUUACAGCUCUUUAUAUGCUACUCUCCAAAGGACAGGGUUAUUAUUUUUGUUGGUUUGUUUGUUUUUUAACCCAAAAGUCUGAAGAUCCCUGGAUCACUUGCUCUCUUUUUUUAUACUUCUUGGUGCAGGAACACAAAGCAGAUAUUUAUUCUGCAUCGUGCAUUUCAUUAAUAGGUUUAUCUGUUUAUCUGUCUUUUAAAACUUUUUCUAUUUGAAAUGUUCCUGGUUUAAAGCUUUUUGUGUCCUCAUUCUGUAUGCAUAGUCAGUAGUCCACUUGUCAAUGUUAAGUUUCCAUAAUGAAGAGGCUGAUGAAGGGGAUGUAUUAGUCACAGUUUUGGAAAGAGACUUAAAUCCAUCAACAUACUACAUGCUACUAUGUACUUACUACAAAUUACUUCUGGCUAAGGAAGUUUCUGUCUGUGGAUUUGUACCAGCAAGUUGCUAUGCUUGGAAAAAAGCUUAAUUUGCAAACAAACAAACAAAACCAAAAAAAGACCCAUAAGUCAACGGUGUGAGGAUCUGAUCCACAGAGUAAAGCUACUCUUUCUAAAAAUACUGCUGCUAUAAAAGUUUUCCGUUCUUUCUGAUCUGACUUCAGCUGCUCAGACUGCUUGACUUUGUUGUCAGCCCUUUCUUUUAUCAGCUAAUGAGAAAUUCCCAUUGGGAAGUACAAGAGUGAGUUCACUCAUUUAAAAAAAAAUAAAUAAAUAUUGCAGAUGCAGCCCCUAUGUUUUGAAAAUUAAUACUGGCCUCUAAUAAAAGUGCACUUUGCAUGGGUAAGUGCAACUGUGACACAUUCCUUAAUCAUGGCAUCCUCAGACAAUCUAAUCAAUAGGACUUCAUAUCUAUAUUUUGUCUAACUAUUGCUUAAAGCAGCUUUAAACAGAUUUGGUACAACCAUCACUUCAUUUUCCAAAACCUACUAUUAAAUAAGUGCCUUCUGCUUUAUUCAAUCAGUGUUUUAUUUUGAUUCUGUAACCAGAUCAUAGCCUUAGAAGCUCAAGUUGUUUGGGAAAAACUCUUUCAGUAUAUAAAUAGCACACUGGCACAAAACUUGUAUGCUAAUACAAGUGUUCAUGGUUCAUCUUUUAUUUUUAAAUCAUCUCAGGUAAAUUAGUUAACUUACAGUCAAUGACUAAUCAUGAAGAGGGUCCUGAAGAAUACAAAUACUGAACAGGAGAGGAAAGGGAUGAACCCCUUUUUUGUAAUGAGUGAUGUUACACUACAUAAAUAAUACAUUUCUUAAUAUAAAAUAUUAUGUCUCCCUGGAGAGAUUAAAAGCCCAACUGGACGAGGUCCUGUGCAGCCUGCUCUAGGUGACCCUGCUUUGAGCAAGGGUUGGACCAUGUGGUCCCCAGAGGCGCCUUCCCACCUCGGUAAUUCUGUCUUGUAUAAAUAGUGACUUUUUGCACUGCGUGCACCCAAUUACUCUUGGUCCCUUAAAUGUUGGUGUUCUCUUUGUUUGUGGGAAAGCACCUGGUCACUGUAUACUAUAUAUUUAUGGAGGUGGUAGAGCAGCUCUGUUUACUUUUUUAUGAUGCCUUAGGUAUAGUAACAAACAGUUUUUGAGUUUACCAUGCACAGGGUGGAGAGAGGUUCAUCUCACCUAUGUUGGACUAACACUAUUCUACUAAAAAAAAAAAAAAA